AUGUGCUUGAUUUUCACGUGCGGCGAGCACACUUUCCGCAAGGAAGUGGAAGGAUAUGAAGGACUCGUGUGCCGGUGCUACAACUGCGGCAACUAUUCUGGCAGUGUCAUCAAGAGCCAUCCAUGGUUCACUUUCUGCUUCAUUCCCGUCAUUCCUCUCUCGAUCAAGGGGUACGAAGACAUCUCGUGCCGCAUUUGCAACUUUCAACAACCACUCGAGCACAGACAGGACGUCCAAGCAAUGCGCCGGGGAGCAGACGGUACCCCAGGAGUGCCGUUACAACAGCAACCAUCCGGGGUACCACCUCAAGGACCGCCUCAAGGCUGGGGACAGAAGGCUCCUGAACCGAAUCAACCAAUGCAAUAUCGCUAG